AGCCCCGCCCCCUAGCAACGCGCUGGCGUGUUAGCAACCGGCCGGCCGGAGGCGGGAGCUAAAGUCCGCAGGUGGGCUGCGGCGGGCGUGAUGCGGCCGCGGAGGCCGCUGCCGGACACCUGGGGCUUUUUGCGACUCUAGCGGCUCUCAGGAGGCCUUCCCUUGUCGGUGGCAGGGCUUCUUUGGGUCCUACGGUACGGAGAACGGGUAGGACAGGGGGACGGGCCCUCCCACCCAUCCCUCACUCCACGCGGCGGACAUGUCCGUGGCGGAGGCCGCGGCGACCGCCGAAGCCCAGGAAGCUGGCGGCAAGAUCCGGUCCAGCAGCCUUCGCCGGAUCCCGGUAAUCGGGGUGGUGACGGAGGACGAGGAAGCGCAGGGUGCUUUUAAGACCAUGGACCUGAAUCGUGUCAUCAGCCUCCUUGAAAAGACAGAUAAGGAUGAUUUAGAAGAAAAACAACUUAAAUCUGUCAAGAAACUGGUGCAGUGUUAUCAGAAUGGACUUCCCCUAAGGGAUUUAGCCCAAAUAUUUAAAAUUUUGAAUCUGUGUGCAGAAAAAAUUGAAAACCAGCCCCAUUUUAUAGAAUCUGCAUUUAACAUCCUAAAAUUAUGUAGCUUGCCAUUUUUGAAAAAGAAAGUAUCAGAUGAAAUAACAUAUGCUGAAGACGCUGCUAAUUCAAUUGCGCUUCUGGGUGAAUUAAUGAAAAUACCGAAUUCUGAAUUGAGGAUACAAAUUUGUAAAUGUAUUGUUGACUUUUAUCAUGCAGAACCACCAAAGAAGCAUAUUACAGGUUACCAGCAAGCAAGUUCAUCAUACAAGAUUAAGAUGGCUGAGGUUGGAGGAUUGGCAAAAACAAUGGUCCAGUCGUUGGGCUUACUUGAAAAUCAACUUGUUGAGAAACUUUGGGUACUUAAAGCUCUGCAACAUCUCUCAACUUCUGAAGUUAAUUGCACGUUAAUGAUGAAAGCACAAGCAGCCAAUGGAAUCUGUGCUCACCUCAAUGACCCAGAUCCGUCUGGACAGCUUCUGUUUCGUUCAUCAGAAAUACUUUGGAAUUUAUUGGAAAAAUCUUCAAAAGAAGAAAUCAUACAACAGCUUAGUAAUUUGGAAUGUUUGCUGGCUUUGAAGGAAGUAUUUAAAAAUCUGUUUAUGAGAGGUUUUAGUCAUUAUGAUCGUCAGCUUAGAAAUGACAUAUUAGUAAUCACAACAAUCAUAGCUCAAAAUCCUGGAGCACCAAUGAUUGAAUGUGGCUUUACCAGGGAUUUGAUUCUAUUUGCAACCUUCAAUGAAGUUAAAAGUCAAAAUCCUUUGGUAAAAGGUCUUAAGUUUUCUAAUUCCUAUGAAGAUUUUGAGUUGAAGAAAUUGCUUUUCAAUAUAAUUGUGAUCUUAUGUAAAGAUCUACCUACUAUACAGCUAUUAAUUGAUGGCAAAGUUAUUUUGGCUUUGUUUACCUAUGUUAAAAAGCCUGAGAAACACAAAAUAAUUGAAUGGUCUGCAGCACAGUAUGAAGAAUUACAACUGCAUGCAAUUGCCACUUUGUCAUCAGUGGCUCCUUUAUUAACAGAAGAAUAUAUGCUGUGUCAGGGAAAUGCUCGAGUCCUUGCAUUUCUAGAAUGGUGUGAGAGUGAAGAUCCCUUCUUUAGUCAUGGUAAUAGUUUUCAUGGUACAGGUGGCCGUGGCAACAAGUUUGCCCAGAUGCGUUAUAGUUUAAGACUCUUGAGAGCCAUGGUCUACCUUGAGGAUGAGACUAUAAACAAUGAUCUUUGUGAAAAAGGAACAAUUCAGCAACUGAUAGGAGUUUUUAAAAAUACAAUAAGCCAGUCUGAUGACAAAGAAGAAGUCAUUGUUUUGGAAAUUCAAUCUGAUAUAUUACUUAUUUUAUCCAGUCUUUGUGAACAUCAUAUUCCUAGGAAGGAAAUGUUCGGAACUGAAGGAGUGGAUAUAAUUCUCCAUGUAAUGAAAACAGACCCCACAAAGUUACAAAGUGGAUUAGGCUAUAAUGUACUUCUUUUUAGUACAUUGGACAGCAUUUGGUGCUGUAUUUUAGGGUGUUAUCCAUCAGAGGAUUACUUUCUUGAAAAGGAAGGCAUUUUUCUCCUUUUGGACUUACUGGCAUUGAACCAAAAAAAAUUCUGUAAUCUAAUACUUGGAAUAAUGGUUGAAUUUUGUGAUAAUCCCAAAACUACGGCUCAUGUCAAUGCUUGGCGAGGGAAGAAGGACCAAACAGCUGCUAGUCUUUUAAUUAAAUUGUGGAGAAAGGAAGAAAAAGAACUGGGAGUAAAACGUGAUAAACAUGGGAUGAUCAUUGAUACAAAGAAACCUCUAUUUACUAGUUUCCAAGAAGAGCAAAAAAUCAUGCCAUUGCCUGCAAACUGCCCAACUCUUGCAGUUAUGGAUGUUGCUGAGAAUAUCAGAGCAAAAAUUUAUGCUGUGCUAGGCAAACUGGAUUUUGAAAAUUUACCUGGCCUAUCUGCUGAAGAUUUUGUCACUCUUUGUAUCAUACAUAGAUACCUUGAUUUUAAAAUUGGAGAAAUAUGGAAUGAAAUAUAUGAAGAAAUAAAAUUAGAAAAGUUAAGACCAGUCACUACAGAUAAAAAAAUUUUGGAAGCUAUUACAACAGCAUCAGAAAAUAUUGGCAAGAUGGUUGCUUCUCUUCAAAGCGAGAUGAUUGAAAGCCAAGCACACCAAGAUGUGCAAAGUGAACAAAAAGUAUAUACAAAAAUACAAGCCACACAUAAGCAAAGAGAAUUGGCUACUAAAUCAUGGGAAAAUUUCUUGGCCAGAACAUCAAAUGCUAAAGCUUUAAAGAAAGCAAAGAGACUUCAGGAGAAAGCUAUAGAAUCCUCUAGAUACAGUGAGUACCCACCAAAUGCAGUAUUUCACAGGACAAAUAUUAAAGGCCUUAAUACAACGGUGCCUUCUGGUCGGGUAGUAACAGUGGAAAGCACCCCUGCCCGAUUACUGGGAGGACCUCUGGCUGAUACAGAUAUUGCUCUUAAAAAACUCCCUAUUCGUGGAGGAGCCCUACAAAAGGUGAAAGCAGUGAAAACUGUGAAUGAGUCAAAGAAGAGUGUUCCUACAUAAAAUAAUCUACAGGCAUUCUGAAAUAAAUUUUGCUUAUAGUUUUUUAGUUAAAAAUAUCUUCAUAAACAUAAAGCAAAUAUUUUAGUAAAAUACUAUGAAAAGACUAAAGUAAGCACAUAUAAUUUAUUUGUAUUGAUAAUACCUACAUAUAGCAUCAGAAGAAUUGUCAUCAAUUUCUUUGGAAAGAUUACUAAUUCUCUUAAUUGAAAUUGUAAAACAUAUUGUGUCAGUUAAAACUCCUUUGGUUGCAUGUGAACUACUCCAUCUGUUUUAAGCCAAUAAAAACUUUUACAGGCUCUAUAGCUAUCAAAACUAGGAGUCAUUUAGACUGCAGGCAUUGCUGCAUCUAGGGACUGAAACUCUGUGAGGAGUAUCUUCUCCUUCCCUAACAGUCCCUGAAUUGUAUUCUCCCGAGUUGAUACCCAGCAGAGAAGAAUACGUGCCUGUCUUUCAACAGUCUCUGCAACUGCCUCUGCAUCUUGGGACCCUUGACUGGCCACAUGCCCACUCCUGAGCCAUUCACCAUGACUUUGGCCAGAGCAGUACUGCCUACUCCCAGAGCCAGAAGCAGGCUAACUCCAACCAAAAUAUAUGGAUGGGGUGGGAAAUCAAGAUAUUGUUAUCAUAUGUGGAUAUAAAUACUGGGCAGCAAAAACAUUUGCAACAAAUUUGCUGGUCAAAGUAAAACAUCGCUGUUAUUAAAAGCAAAUGUUGGGGCAGCCCUGGUGGCACAGCGGUUUAGCGCCACCUGCAGCCCAGGGUGUGAUCCUGGAGACCCGGGAUCAAGUCCCACAUCGGGCUUCCUGCGUGGAGCCUGCUUCUCCCUCUGCCUGUGUCUCUGCCUCUCUCUCGCUCUCUCUGACUGAAUAAAUAAAUAAAUCUUUAAAAAAAUAAAAAUAAAAAAAUAAAAGCAAAUGUUAUUCAUGAGCUAAAUAAAAAUUUUUAA